GAGCCCAGCCAUGAGGAAUGCCUCAGUGGUGACCGAGUUCAUCCUGCUGGGCAUCCCACACACAGAGGAUCUGGAGACCGUGCUCUUUGUCCUGUUUUUGACCUUCUACGUCUUCACUCUUGUGGGAAACCUGCUCAUCCUGCUGGCCAUUGCCUCCUCCGCUCGACUGCACACCCCCAUGUAUUUCUUCUUGUGUGAGCUGUCUGUGUGUGACAUAUUUUUCCCUUCUGUGAGCUCCCCCAAGAUGCUCUUCUACCUCUCAGGGUACAGCCGAGCCAUCUCCUAUGCCGGAUGUGUGUCCCAGCUGUUCUUUUACCAUUUCCUGGGCUGCACCGAGUGCUUCCUGUACACGGUGAUGGCCUAUGACCGCUUCGUGGCCAUCUGUCACCCUCUACGCUACCAGGUGAUCAUGAGCCCCAGGGUGUGUGCCAUCCUGGCCUCGGGGACCUCGUUUUUUGGCUGUGUUCAGGCCACCUUUCUAACCACUCUCACCUUCCAGUUACCCUACUGUGGCCCCAAUGAGGUGGACUAUUUCUUCUGUGACAUCCCCGUGAUGCUGAAGCUGGCUUGUGCGGACACCGCAGCCCUGGAGAUGGUGGGGUUCAUCAGUGUGGGCCUCAUGCCCCUCAGCUGCUUUCUUCUCAUCCUCGCCUCCUACAGCCGCAUUGUCUACUCCAUCCUGCAGAUCCGCUCCACCCAGGGCCAACGCCAUGCCUUCUCCACCUGCAGCGCCCACCUCACUGCCAUCCUACUUUUCUACAUGCCAGUGGUCCUCAUCUACUUAAGGCCAACGCCAAGCCCCUGGCUGGAUGCAAUGGUUCAGGUCCUGAAUAACCUGAUCACCCCCAUGCUGAACCCCUUGAUCUACAGCCUCAGGAACAAGGAGGUAAAAUCAUCUCUGAGGAAAGUCCUGCAUCAACUGGGCUUUCUUCCUGAGCACUUGUAG